ACCUUAUACAAGUUAAGCAGUUGCAAAGAAGACCCUACACAAUUUACAUUGGAUACAACUGCGGCAUUGACUAUGUAUAUGAUGGAAGCUUGAAUGCUCGACCAUUCAUGCCUUGUUUAUUAUUUCGAUUUUGGAGAAGAAAGUCAGGAGACCAGGAUUCUGUAUCAAGUAAAGAGAACCAUUGGUGCUGUAAAAAUGAACUCCCUGCUUUUGCUAGCUCUGACUUCACUGUGUGUGGCAGAUCCCUAUGAGAGAAGUUACAGUGAUGUGGAACACCAUAGAACCAUCUACAUCUCAGAAAAUGGACCUCGUCUAUCAGUGGAGAUGGAGCAGACCAAAGUAAUCUCCCACCGCGGUGGCAACGCUACACUGCCUUGCAAGUUCCACCGCGACGGCACUGCUAACAGCCCCAAGACGAGGAUCAAAUGGACUAAGCUCACCACAGAUUACCUCAAGGAGAUUGAUGUCUUUGUUGCCAUGGGCAACCAUAAGAAAAGCUACGGCAGCUACCAUGGCAGGGUAUUUCUGCAGGAAGCCAGUGACAGGGACGCCUCCCUCGUCAUCACUGACGUCACCUUGGACGACUACGGGAAAUACAAAUGUGAGAUCAUUGAAGGACUGGAGGAUGACACUGGGGUUGUCACUCUCGAUUUACAAGGCAUUGUGUUCCCCUACUUUCCUCGAAUGGGGCGCUACAACCUGAACUUCCAAGAGGCUCAGCAGACCUGCCAGGACCAGGAUGCAGUGAUUGCUUCCUUCGACCAGCUGUAUGAUGCGUGGAGAGGAGGUCUAGACUGGUGUAAUGCGGGCUGGCUGAGUGACGGAUCGGUGCAAUAUCCCAUUACCAAACCCAGAGAACCCUGUGGAGGCAAGGAUACUGUCCCUGGUGUGAGAAACUACGGCCUUCGUGAUAAAGAGAAGGGCAGAUAUGAUGUCUUCUGCUUCACUUCCAACUAUAAAGGACGUUUUUACUACCUGAUACACCCGACCAAGCUGACCUACGAUGAGGCAGUCCAGGCUUGCCAGAAGGACGGAUCUCAGAUCGCUAAAGUGGGCCAGAUGUUCGCUGCUUGGAAGCUAAUGGGAUACGACCGCUGUGACGGAGGCUGGCUGGCUGACGGCAGUGUCCGCUACCCGAUCUCCAGGCCCAGGCGACGCUGCAGUCCAGACGAGGCGACGGUUCGCUUUGUGGGGUUCCCAGACAAGAAACACAAGCUGUACGGUGUCUACUGCUUCAGAACCUACAACUGAGAGCACAGCUGAUAAUCCAUUCAUUUACAUACACGUGAGGGAAUUAUUCUCAAUAGUAUGGACUCAUAAAGUUACCAAAACUGUGAUAACCUUUUUUUUUUAAAUCAUUUUCAUAAACUUACAAAAAAAUAUAUUUUUUUUGUAAACUGAAUCCGAGCAUUACAUUUUUUUUUAUCAUUCUUAGAUAUUUUAAAUUAAUAUAAUUGCAUCUGUAGCUCUAUAGCCUAUACAAAAAUUAGCAUUAUAGCAGAACUGAAUAAAAAAAGAAAAAGACAAAAUGAUUGAGCUACAUCAUCCCAAAAGAAAUAUACUUCCAUGAAUGGGUGGAGCAUGCUAAAGCCUGAAAAAUCUUUAGGACUGAUAUAAACAAUAGUAAAGCUUCUCGAAGGGGGAACUGUUUUUUUCUGGCCAUUUUUUAACUUUUAUUGUGCACUGCAAGGAGAUUCAUCAUAUCCUAGAUAAGAACCCUUAUGGACAACAGCAACUCAUCCCAAUUAUCAUACUUCCCUGCUAAAGAAAGAAAAGUUAUGUCAGAAACAAAAAAAAGGGCUUUAUGCAUAUAACUAAGAGAGAGUUUAUGUACUUCUUUAAGUUUCUAGAUACUUUUAAAAUUCUUAUUAAGAUCAUUUGAACACAGAAACAGUUUGAAGGUCCUUGAUCCUUUUUGAUGGGUGUUCCAUGGGGUGAGUGAGUGCCAGAAUUGCUUCUUUAUGCUCUAUAGAAUCCACCUGGAUUGCAUCAAUCAACUAUUUUUCUGGGUAAUCACAAGAUAAAGUUUGAUGAAAUCCAGGAUUUGCUCUAAAAUAUUCCAGCUGUGGCAUAUAUCUUGGGGGUAUAAGCUGACCAAGUCAACACAUCUUUAAAACAGUUAGAAUAGGAAUACAUUAUUGUUCAGGAAUGACCCUUUGCUUUACAAGAAUAAUGCAGUUAAAAUGAAAAAAUACCUCCAUUGUUUGGGUUCUCUCGUUCCUUGUGGUGCUACACAUUUUUUUAAACCUGUUCGAGCUAAAGUAAAUACAAACUCUGAGCGUGACACAUUGUAGCCAUAGCAUCAACACGCAGCUGCUUUAGUAGGAGGCAAAAAGGGAGAGGUGGCUUAAUGCCAGCAUUGACGCAUAAUGCCCCAGUGUUCUGACCAUCUGUAUCAGGAACAUUUUACCAUUUCAUUAUGGGAGGGAAAGUUAUGAGACAGUUGAUUUCUUAUCACAGUAUCAAGCACCAACAGCUGUCAAAGGACCUGCUGCUUGUGGCAUGAAUGCAUACUGCUCAGUACGGUACAGGUAGCUGUUAUGUAGAGCACCUUCUGACUGCAUAUCUUUAGAGCAGCAACAUCAAAAUGAUGCAUUGUCCAUUUAAGGGUUACAGGUGGUUGCAGCUAAUAAAUUACCUGCCGUGCACGUUCAUAUACUAUAUAGCUCUCAAAUGUGCAGUUUUGAAAGAAACACAUGGUAUGGCAACCGUGUGUUUUCAUAUGACAUCUGGCACUACACUAGGUUAAAGUAAGAUUGCUUGACUUGCCAUACAGGAUAUCUGUUACUGCUUUACUUCCUAGGUCAUUUCAUCUUGCAUUGUCCGGGGUCAGAGAAUCUUUCUGGCUGCAAUCAGUCAUUAUGGAAAGCAGCUGGUUGGGUGAAGAAGGUCCUGAAGGUAUGGGGACAGUUUCAAUCUCCAGGGGGUCUAAGAAAGCAGCAAGGCCUGCAGACAGAGAUUUCAGGUAAUUAGUGCCGUACCAGAUAGUAUGUUUUAAAAUGAAAAUACAUGGUCACUAAAAUCACUUCAAAACACAUUUGUUUUGCCUAUAACUGUUAAGGUCAACAGAAUAAAAAACACUGACAAACGCGCACAUUAUCGCCAGAAAACCUAAACCUGCCUGAAAAGUAUCACAUUUCCCCUUUGAGUCGCUUUCCUAAGAUAUUUAAGAGAAACCAUUUGCUAUGCAGCAUUUAGCACCAACUCAGAGCAGUUACCAACACGAACUGCUGGACAGAGAGACUGUAAAAGUAGCAGCUUCAUUUUAAUUAGCCUUGAACAUGUUAUAAUCUUAUAAAAUAUGUAGCUACAAUGUUUAAUAUUUUCUUUGCGUCAGAAUACUGUGAAUGCCACAGUUCGGGAGAUUAAAACGAGGGUGCUCUUAAGAUUUUUUAACAGUAGCCACUAAACUAUAUAGGAAAUGAUAUUAGCCAAAGCUGGAACCUUAUUAGCUAAAUGACAUUGCUGGCAAUAUCAUGCGUUUUUACCAUUAGGGGUUUAUGUACUGUACAGUAGCCAGCUCAUUUCGUGCUGGCAGCUAGUCACCACCUUUAAAGGCAGCGUACAGAAUGGAGAAUUGGUGAAUUGGCUAAUAAGCAGAGUAGUCCUACUACACUCUCAAGGUAAAUGCUGUUUUUUGAUAGCGACAACAACACUCCAAACAUCAACAGUAUUAGUUUUCCUAUUUUGUUAUGUACAUAUAGAAAAGUAUUAAUCUAUGAAAUAAAAAACAGUAUCGUUUGUAUCUAUAUGUAAAAUACUUUUUGAACCGAAUCCAACAAAGAAAAUAAAAACCUUGAAAAGACAAA